CUCGCCAUGGGUGUCCUGGGCGCUCUCUUCGGUGGUACCUACCUCGCUACCCGUGGCUCCGGUGCCCAGAAGCAAUCGAUCACUCCUCCAAUCCAGGCUUCUUCUCAGGAUGAGGAGACCUUCAUUCAGGACUUUUUGAAAUCUGUGAACGGGGAACAGAAAAAAGCGGAUCAUUAGGAUACCCCUGGAGUCAAUGGAAAUCAAUGGAGGACACUUGGUUCCGGUACUUCUUGAGAACCUGCGAUACAUUCUUCACACGCAAUGAACCGAUGGUCACGUUAAUUGAGACUUGGUGAAAGGGAGUGAGUGUCCUGGGGGAAUGGACUCGCGGGCCAGAUAGGCCCGAUGGCCUGUCUGAACCCACGAGAGUGGGGUGUGAAUCUGUACAUAUAGAGGUAUACACCUAGAAGGCUUAUAUUUGCUUUCAUUUGGUGCUUGUCAGGACGUUUCUGGACUUGCUUUUCUGGCGGUAUCGACCCGGUCCGCGCGUAGCAUGUACAAUAUGUAGUAUCUAUUGAUGUGUAAAGAGCGCAUCGUGUUUCUCUCAGCGUGUAAUUGAAUACGUAAAGACCCGUGUCGCACCCGCUAUUGUUGUUUCAACUUGGG